AUGCUCUGGGUAAGUGCUCAUAAAAAGGUUCGUAACCUCUCCCUCCCACAGCGCUGUUUUGCUUAUCACCUUAGCCUUGUGGGAGUGACAAAACAUGUUACACAACCUGCUCAGGGACCUACAGUGGAGACAUUGAUGUGCUCAGCAAAGCAGGUUGAUAUUUCCUGCUCUGCCUCUGUGGAUGCAGGAGACAAACCAACUAUAGUCUGCCUUCAACAGAGUUAAGUCAGGAUCAGUCGAUGGCAUAACGUCAACAAGGAAGUGGGGGAGCCAGGCUGCCGGGUUUAUGCGGAGUGUCACUUUACACAUUACGUGUGUGUGUGCGUUGCUGCCAUUGUCCUCAUCAUCAACUGAAAGGAUUGAAUGAAACUUUUGGGAGCUGAUCUUUUCGUUGGUUCGGAGACAUUCCUUCGGGUAACUCUGUUCAAAGCUUUCAAGAGUGGCGAGAGUUCAGACCUGCAACGUUUCAAAGUCUAACACCUCCUCCCCUUCCCCUCCUCGGGCAAAUAAGGAGGCGACCACAACAACAACUUGUGUUUACAUAGUGCCCCCACGCAGGAUAGUGCCUGGAGCACUGGAUUAGCUUUCAUGAUGCACUGUAAGGAACCCAAUCCCUUGGUUAUCCAAGGCCCCGGGGGUGGAACAAAAGACAUCAGCCUCCAAUGCACUAAGCAGAUCAGGGACGAGACGGAAUACAUCAAAAAGAUGCGAGUCACGUUACAAACAUUACGGAUGCGGAUGUUUGGGAAGAAUGAUGGAGUCAACAGCCAACAGGGGCAAGAUACAAAGGGUCUGUCACAGGAAGGGGCUGAGGAGAGCGAUCCCGAGCAGAGCGUGGCGAAGCUGGGCGUCCAGCAUCAGCAGCUCCUGGCUGACGUCGAGGCCCGGGACACUCGGCUUCAUGCCGUUCGGGCGGAAAACCAAGAGCUGUCACUAAAGCUGGAGGCCACACAGCAGGCCGGAGCCUCCGCCAUCAAAGAAGUCACCCGUAGAUUUCAGAGCCGCAUGGAGGUGCUCGAGGAACAGCAAGCCCAGGAGAGGAGCAACCUACAGGCCUUCGCUGAGGAACAAGAGCAAACUCUGGAACAGAAAAUGGAGACUUUAAACAGGACAAUGUCCCAGCUACAGGAGAGGCAGCACAGAAUGGGGGAGCUGGAAAGGUUGAUAGAGCGAAUGGAGAAGGAGAAGCAUGAGCUAACGGAGAGGAAACAAUCCGUGGAGGAAGAGAUGGAAAAUAGAAAAACUAAUGUUGUGGGGAAUCGAUACAAGCCAACUAGAGCCCAGGACCUUCUCUUGGAAACAGCUAUUCUACAGGAGAAGAUCAGUCACCUGGACAACAUGGUCUCCUACCAACAGCGUAACCUUUUCACUGAGAUCAACACGAUUGAACAGUUAAAGAUGGAAUUGGCGAAACAGGAUAGAAUAAUUUGGUCGCUCAAUGAUCGAAUCUCUGAUUUGGAAGCCCGGAAUAAAGUAUUGAAACAACAAGUGCACGAGGUGAAGUCCAGCCAGAGGCAGGAGGACUCAUCGGACGACUGCUCCGUCGGACAGGACAUUGUUUGUGCUCCUCCCGUUCCCCAGCAGUUCUCCUACACUCGACCCGCUCACUUAAGGCCACGGACUGCCCUCAGCAGCCAGAGAGCGUCUGCUGUGACCUGUCCAAAACCAGCGGUCGGGACCUGCCAGGCUAUCGAACCAGAUUCCAUUUCUACCGAGAUAUAACUGGUGGUGGGAUGGGGUCAGGGAGCAAGGACAGACAGCAGUGUGGAACAGCGCCUUGCGACGUCCUUCCGAUGUGAAAGGCACCUCUAUAAAUGCAAUCUUGUUGUUGUCGUCGUUGUUGUUGGAAGAGACUGACUGCCACAAUGCAUCUGAUGGUUGCAUACAUAGAGUUACUUACAGUGAUGCAGCGGGGAAACAGGCCAUUCAACCCAACUAGUCCAUGCCGGUGUUUAUAUUCUCCAUCCCCUCACUUAUUCUCUUCUCUUCAAGCCCCACGUCGGGACUUGGAAUCACUUAAUAAUAAUAAUUAUUAUUAGUUUAAGCUGACACUCCAUUGUAGAUGUUGCAAUGACAGAGUUGCCGUUUUUUGGAUGAGACGUUAAACUGAGGUCCCGUCUGACUGUUCAGGUGGAUGUUAAAGUUCCCAUGGCGCUAUUCGAAAAUAAAAGGGAGUUUCUCUCUCCCAAUGCCCUGGCCAACAAUCCCUCAAAUAAAAUUGGUUACUCACUUU